AAACACACGUUACACUUUGCAGCAAUAGCAACAAUAACAACAACAACAACAACAACAACAAUAACAACAACCGAAGAAGCAAUAAACGAACAAUCAAAAUGGCCAUCAAACCAGGAAUCGGACGAAAGCCAACAAAUAAGAAUCCACCGAUAUUGAGCCAUGAGUUUGUCAUCCAGAACCAUGCGGACAUCAUCUCCUGCGUGGCAAUGGUCUUUGUUGUUGGCCUAAUGAACGAGUCGACGGCAUCGUUUGCAAGCGCAUUCAUAUCGCUGCAUCAUAAUGUGAGCGGCGUGGAGGCAAGUCGCGAGCAGCCGUAUGGCAAACCGUAUACGUAUGUGGCCGGCAUUAAGGAUUAUUGUGCGAUAUUCUUCUAUACGCUCACCUGCAUCAUUAUGCAUGCGAUCAUUCAGGAGUUUGUGCUGGACAAGAUUAGCAAGCGUCAGCAUUUGUCCAAAUUCAAGUUGGCACGCUUCAAUGAAUCCGGCCAACUGGUCGCCUUCUAUCUGCUCUCAUUGAUUUGGGGUGCACAUGUGGCGCUGCGCGAGGGCUACGUUGGACAGGUGGCCCAGCUGUGGGAAGGCUAUCCGGAGCAUCCGAUGAGUUUCCUGCACAAAUUCUAUUUCAUCAUUCAGCUGUCAUACUAUCUGCAUAUGCUGCCGGAACUAUAUUUCCAAAAGAUACGCGCCAAGGAGGAGCAACAGCCGAAGAUUAUACAUUCCAUUAGCGGUUUCACGCUGAUCGUAUUGGCCUAUACGCUCAGCUAUCAGCGUCUGGCGCUCGUUCUGCUCACAUUGCACUAUGCCAGCGAGCUGAUCGCGCACAUUUUCCAGCUGAUUGGCGUAUUCGAUCGCGAGGAGCGUUUGGCACGCGUUCGCAUUGUGAACAGCGCCUGUUUUGUGGUGGCACGCUUUGCCACCUCGGUGAUUGGUGUGCUGACGUUGUACUAUGGGAUUGCCGGCUCUGCCGGUGGCAGCUAUAAGCUGCGUGCCCUCGUCUCGCUAAUCGGAUUGAUUGCCCUGCAGGGCUAUCUGGUCUUCUCGUUCAUCACGGAACAGUUGCGGGCCACGCGCGAAGCGAAACGGGAGGCCAAACUGCUGGCGGCGCAGGUGAAGAAGGUGAAGGCGCCCAACAAGGACAAGGUGAAGCGCAAGAAGGAGAGCGAUCUGCCCGAGGCGGAUCAGGCGUCGCCCAGCCCUGUCAAGCAGAAGCUCAAGUGAAUCCGAUGCAACAUGCACCAAGCAACAACAAAAUCUUCCGCACACUUCCAGACGCUCAAGCAACUGAAACAAAACAUAGACAACAACUGCAACAACAACAAAAACACAAUCGAAACAACAGACUAUCAGCAAACUCAAGCCACUGCAUAUACACUAAGCAACACACAGCACACAACACACAACAAAUGACAAACAACACGCAACACACAACACACAACAACAACAUACAAAACAUUUUUGUACUGUCGCGAUGCAUUUACAUACAAUUUUCUCUGAGAGCGAAAGUUUUUCUUAAAUAUUCAAACUGCAAUGUUUGCUUCAUUUUAAGUAUAAUUUUUUAAUUUUGUUUUUUUUUUUUUAUUAUUUUUAUACCAUAAUUAUUAUUAAUUACAAAUCUUAUUUUUUUAUUUGAAAUAAACAAAUUUUUUUAUUUUUAUACAAGAAUGCUACAAAAACCGAAUUCAAAAUAAUGCGAACAAAAAUUGCGUUUUCGUACCUCUAUUUGCGUGUAUGUGUGUGUGUGUAUGUGUAUGUGUGUGCGAGAGUGUGUGUGGCUGUGUGUGUGUGUGUAGUUGAGAAUAAGAAAAGCAAUGUAAUCUGCAUGCAUGUGUAUGUAUAUAUGUGUUGAAUUGUUAAUACUAUAUGCAUAUGUACA